CACUAAAAUUGACGAUUAUGACAUUAUGACAUGACACAAAUGUCAUUCAACAACGAAUACAAAUGGAAUACAAAAACAAAAAACAAUUAUGUUUUUAAUCACCUAAAAAUAACAAUCUCUUACCGAAGGAGUACCUACAUAUAUUUAUUUUGCAUUUAAUCAUCUAAUUCAUUACUUCUUUAUUGUCUAUUUUUGAUGACACCUAAAUGCAACAUACACCGGAUAUGAAGUAUAGGUAUUUUAUUAGAGGACUUUUGGCCAAAUCCAAUUGGUUUAAGAGGGUAUAUAAAUAUCGUGCUUAUGAAUUUAAUUAAUUUAAUGCAAUAAUAAAACGGGACAUGUUAAGUAAACUUGGCCAUUUGGUUAAUGAUUAUGUGACAUCACCAUGACACUGUUCAUAUUAAACUAUCAAUUUAUUUUAUCUAAUCUUUAAGUAAGUUAAUCGGAUUAUCAAAAUUUUUUGUGACUAUUUCCCAAAUAUCUAUCUAUAACUAUGUGCACACCAGAAAAUACAGAAUUUUUUCUUGUUCCUCCAUAUUGUAAGAAAAUUUUGAAAGAAAAUGAAGAUAAGCACGAUGAUAUUCUUGAGGAACCCCUUGCAAAAAUAGAGGUUUCUAAUCCAAGUAAAAUAUUACAACUCUUAGCAGACCUUACAAAUAAGUCUACAAGAAGACUUGAAAUUAAAAUAAAUAGAUAUCUAAAAAAUGAAUGCGAGUGCAGUUUUGUAUUUAUAAUAAAUAUACAUAGUAUAUCUGAAGAAGGUGUAGUACAAGUAAUUCAAGAAAGAAAAUUAGAAGAAAAUAUACGUGGUAUAUUAUCAGAAAGUGCUAUAAAUAAUAUAUUAGAAAUUAAACCAGAUAAUGAGAAGUCUAUAUCAUUAGAUCCUAAAAUUCAACAACUUAUUAAAGAUGUGGUACCUGAUGGCUCUGGUGAAGUAGUUAUAGUGCCUAUAAUAGCGCAGGAGCAUAAAGGAAAUGAAACUGAUUUUCCAGUAUAUUUAGUUUGCAUAGUAAAUACUCUAAAAGACAGUGCAUACAUAUCAAAACUAGUUUGUGAAACAUUUAAAUAUUGUUUGACGACACUUCUCAAUACAAGACAAUGUGAAGAGGAGCGUCGUUUAAAAGCCGAAUGUCAAAAUUUAUUGCUGGUUGCUAGAAAGUUAUUUUCCCAUCUUGGGGACUUAAGUGAUUUGUUAAAAGAAAUAAUGACAGAAGCAAGAAGAUUAACAAAUGCAGAGAGGUGUUCAUUGUUUCUUCUAGAUCCAGAUCAUAUGCACUUGGUAGCUAAAGUUUUCGAUGGAAUGAGUCCAGCUGAUUGCAGUACUGAAGUUAGAAUUGCUGCAGAUCAGGGUAUUGCAGGCCAUGUCGCUGCAACAGGUGAAAUUCUGAAUAUUAAAGAUGCAUACAAACAUCCAUUAUUUUAUAAAGGAAUGGAUGAGGCAACAGGAUUUAAAACUCGAAAUAUACUAUGUUUCCCUAUAAGAGAUGAAGAUAAUAUUGUAGGCGUUGCACAGUUGUGUAAUAAAAUAGGUGGCAAUUUUGAUUACUUUGACGAAGAAGUAGCGAGAGCAUUCAGCAUUUAUUGCGGAAUAUCUAUUAUGCAUAGUCUUGUUUAUAAAAAAAUUCAAGAUGCACAGGCUCGAACUAGAUUAUCAAAUGAACUCAUGAUGUAUCACAUGCAGGUUAGCCAACAGGAUGUCUUAGAUGUUACCAUGUGUCCUAGUGAGCAUGAUGUACCAGAGUAUUCACUCUUCAGCUUCACUCCUAGGAAAAUAUUAUCUAAAGAGACUCCAUGUUAUGUAUUGAAGAUGAUGAAAGAUUUGGGUUUUAUUGACACAUUUCGUAUUAAAAUAGACACUUUAUCGAGAUUUAUAUUAUAUGUUAGAAAAGGAUAUCGUGAAGUGCCGUAUCAUAACUGGCAACAUGCUUUCUCUGUAGCCCAUUUCGCUUACUUAGCUUUAAAAAACUUCCAGCUUAUAGAAAAAGGAUAUCUAAGCCAACUAGAAGCUUUAGCUUAUUUUGUAUCAUGCUUGUGCCAUGAUAUUGAUCACAGGGGAACUACUAACUCAUUUCAGCAGCAAUCCAAUAGUGUGUUAGCAAGUCUAUAUUCCAGUGAGGGUUCAGUUAUGGAGAGGCAUCAUUUAUCUCAAACAAUUUGCACUCUAAACACUGAGGGUUGUAAUUUUUUGGAUUCGUUAUCUAGUCAGGACUACCGAAAAUGUUUGGAUUUGAUUAAGGAUAUGAUAUUGGCAACUGAUUUGGCAUCACAUUAUAAAAUACAUGCUAAACAGUUGAAUAUGGCGCAGGAAGGAUUUGAUAAAACAAAUCCGUAUCAUAAGUAUUAUCUAACCAGUCUACUAAUGACCUGUGCUGACUUAUCUGAUCAAACGAAGGAUUGGACUGAAACUAAAAAAGUAGCACAACUAAUAUAUGCCGAGUUUUUUGCCCAAGGAGAUUUAGAGAAAAAAAUGGGUAAAGAGCCUGCAAAUAUGAUGGACAGAGAAAAAGCUUCAAUUCCCGAUCAUCAGUUAGAAUUUCUAACGCAAUGUUGUAUAUGUAUUUUUAAGAUAUUAGCUACAAUAUUUCCAUCCGCUAAAGUAUUAGUAAACGCUAUAAAACAAAAUAUUCUGUGCUGGGAAUCUUCAAAACGUAUAUUUGAUAAGUAUUCUAUGGAAGGUAAAACCUCAUAUGAAGUUUUAGUCAGUGAAGAAUUAGAAACGGAAGUACAAAAUACCUUGGACAACAUUAAAGUUUAAUGUUCCUGCUUUUGUAACCACUAAAAGACAUGUGCAAUAAUACUAUUUAAACAAUAAUUUAAAUCAUAUAUCAGAGAACCUGGAGAAAUGCCAUGGAGAAAAGACAAAUUACAAACUAUUGGUAUUAAAGAAAAUAUGAACAUACACU